AUGGCGGCGCAAUCCACCCUCCGGCGCCCGGAGGACCCCCUCAUGGCGCUCUAUCUUCAUUACUCAGAUCUACUGCGAUCGCAGAUAAAACGAACCACACCGGUCACCCGACUGAUUGCCAUUAUCACCAUCUUGUUCUCAAUCAUCAGCUCGAGCUAUGGCGGGUAUAAGUGGCUGCGUGCACGAGCGAACGAACGUGCCCGAGGUCGCCGCUUGCUUCGCAGGAACUCGGGAAUCAGAGGGAAAGACGGGUCUCGAACAAUUUAUGUCCCCUACAAAGGGGAGAGGACCUCGAAAGUUUUGAUUCACCCGACUAAGCCAACCACUUUUGACGCUCAUCGGCGACUGUUCCUGAACCCUCCAGCGUCAGCUCGCGGCAUGGAAGAGGGAUCACAAAGCCGAAUCCCUCCACCGUCAAUCAAACCUGGACUCAAUCUUGCCUUCAUACACCAGUUCUUGAGUCUGGGUAGUAUCAUGGUUCCACGAUGGGGCAGUAAAGAGACUGGGCUGCUCCUGAGCCACGGCGUAUUCCUGCUGCUCCGUACAUACCUCUCCCUGAUAAUCGCAAGAUUAGACGGUGAGAUAGUUCGAGACCUUGUUGCUGGCAAGGGGAAGUCGUUUCUGUGGGGAAUCUUAAAGUGGUGUGGUAUUGGCACUCUUGCCUCUUACACAAACGCCAUGAUCAAGUUCCUUCAGUCAAAGGUGUCGAUUGCCUUCCGCACCCGUUUGACAAGGUACAUCCACGACCUGUACCUGACAGAAAAUAAGAACUAUUACAAGUUGAUGAAUUUGGAUGGCGGAAUAGGCCAAGGCCCGGAUCAGUUCAUUACUCAAGACCUCACCCUUUUCUGCUCGGCUGCGGCGUCCCUAUACUCGUCGCUGGGUAAACCGACGGUAGACUUGUUUGUCUUCAACUAUCAACUUUAUCGAUCCCUGGGCCCGCUUGCACUGAGCGGCAUUCUCACAGGAUACUUCAGUACUGCUGUGGUACUUCGGAAGCUGUCUCCGCCAUUUGGAAAGCUCAAGGCGGUAGAAGGCAAGAAAGAAGGGGACUUCAGAGGACUACACUCCAGACUUCUGGCCAACGCUGAAGAGAUCUCUUUCUACGGCGGAGCAGAUACGGAACGUGUCUUCCUCGUAAGAAGCUUCAAGGAGUUGCAGCGCUGGAUGGAGGGUAUCUACAGUCUCAAGAUUCGAUACAACAUGCUUGAGGAUAUAAUUUUGAAGUACUCCUGGUCCGCAUUCGGCUAUCUCAUCACGUCUCUACCAGUCUUUCUCCCUGCUUGGGGUGGUCUCGGAGGCGCAAUGGAGUUGGCAGAUAUACCAGAAAAUUUGCAUCGAGAGCGUGGUCGGAUGAAAGAGUUUAUCACCAACAAGCGUCUCAUGCUCUCGUUGGCUGAUGCAGGAGGCCGCAUGAUGUACAGCAUCAAGGACAUCUCGGAGCUUGCGGGAUAUACGUCGCGUGUGUACAACUUGAUUGCCACUUUGCAUCGCGUUCAUGCGAGUGCUUACCAACCUUCCCGCGGCUCCCACCCGGAACUUUAUUCACUGGCAGACGCCCAGGGAACCACUCACAAUGGCUUUGACGGCGUUCGCCUUGAGCAAGUCCCAAUUGUCGCACCUUCUCUAUAUCCUAUAGGCGGCGACGAGCUGAUUGAAUCCCUCUCAUUCGUCGUCCAUGCGGGCGAUCAUCUUCUCAUCUCGGGGCCUAAUGGUGUGGGUAAAUCGGCAAUCGCAAGAAUCAUGGCUGGUCUGUGGCCUGUUUAUCGGGGCCUCGUGAGCCGGCCGCGACCGAUCGGGCUUGAUGGAAUCAUGUUCCUUCCGCAGCGACCCUAUUUGAGCGUCGGUACCCUACGCGAUCAGGUUAUCUACCCGCACACCGAAAUCGACAUGCGCGAGGCCGGCGAGACCGACUCAAAUCUCCAGACAAUCCUCGAUGCAGUACAUCUGGGGUACCUACCGCAGCGUGAAGGGGGAUGGGAUGCCCGGAAGGAGUGGAAAGACGUGUUCAGCGGCGGCGAGAAACAGCGCAUGGCCAUGGCUCGUCUUUUCUAUCACGAACCUCGUUACGCCUUCAUCGACGAAGGUACCUCUGCGGUUUCUUCAGACGUUGAAGGUAUUCUCUAUGAGCGAGCGAAGGAACGCGGCAUCACUCUCAUCACGAUCUCAACCCGUGCAUCUCUCAAGAAGUACCAUACCUACAAUCUCUCCAUUGGCCUCGGCGAAGAGGGUGAGCUUUGGGAAUUUGAGCGUAUCGGCACUGAGAAAGAGAAACUCGGAGUGGAGAAGGAGAUCCAGGAACUUCGAAAGAGACUGGACAAGGUGGACGAAUGGAAGAAGCGUCGAGAAGAAAUCGAGUUUGAACUUGGCAAAGUCUGGACUCAUGAAGGGGAAAUUGCACCACCCCCUUACCAAGAGGAGGACAUGAAGCUGCCACACGAAGCCGCUGCUGCUGCUUCUACUGAUGAGGCUGCGAGCGGUGCAUGA